UAUUAUACUUGUUCUCGGUCGAACGAGGAGACCACAACAGAAUUCUUUUGCUCUCGACUUCUGAGAACCGACUGAGUUUAUUUUCUACUUUUCUUUCUAUUUUCUUGCUUUCUAGGCCUCAUCCGUCUUGUCCUUGAAGCGUUCCUCGCACCCCUUUUAUCUUCCUCGGCCCCAGGUGAUGGUCCGAUCUUCUCGUGAGGUCGGUGCGGAGGUUACCGAGGAUCUAGGAUAAGUACCGAUCCUCCCCUACAAAAUAGGGGUUACUUGCCUUUAAGUUUUCGACGUGGGGGCUCGGUCAGUUUCACCCGAGGUAUGUUCGGGGAUAUGGUUCGAGUAUAUAUCGGAUUUGGCCAGGGGUACACUAACCCUCCGACCUCGAAAUUCAAAAAAGUUUUGAACUAGAGUCGUUACAACUUCCCUAGCGCGUGAGUUUGCGACACUUGAUUGCAAUUUACUGAUAAGAUGCCACGUGGCGUGUGUCCGAUGGAGGUUAUGUUUUUUCAGACUGCAACCGCCGUUUCUAUCUUGUCAAUCAUUUAUGAAGCGUGAGGGGUUUUUUAUACUAUUUUCUUUCCUCCAUCCUCAUAUAUCCGUGACUUUUCCCCUUCCUCAAACUUUCUUGCGACUGCAUCUGAUUAUACUCUAAUCUCUUCAGUAUUCGUUGGUGAAGUGGCUUGAGCCAGUUUUUCCUUUUCUGCAUUGUUGGUAGAGGGAAACGCCCCUUCGACGCUGGGUUUAUCGGCAGUACUGGGUAGGGUGAGGCUCUUUGUUCCGCGAGUGUUGGCGAGGUUUUUUGUUUAUUCGAAGCAAUGACCACUUACGACGAUUUUUAUCCGUGGGCGCCCUCAGGCCUUAGGCGAGAAUGUUCAUGCUUUACAUCGGAUCACUUCAUAACACGGUACCGUCGUGGUCAGCAGUUAUGCCAGAGUAAUGAGCAGGAUGUUUUGGUGACUAGGUGCGAACUGGACGAGCUAGUGUGCGCCAAUGAAUCCACUGAUUCCUCGGGGCCCUUUUGCUUUUUCUAUGCGACCUUGUUCUCGAAAGUGGGGCUUCGUUUGCCUUUGAGUUCCUUCGAGAAAGACUUGUUGACGGUAUUGAAUGUUGCUCCGGCUCAACUUCACCCAAACAGCUGGGCGUUUGUUCGGGCGUUCCAUAUAUUGUGUACGCAUUUUGGGGUCGUCCCGACACCAAACGUUUUUUUGUAUUUUUUUGAGAUGAAGAAACCCCAUAAGAAUAUGUGGUCGUCCUUGAAUAGUGCUGGGGGUAGAGGUCUGUUGACGUUAUUUCAAUCGUCGUACAAGGGGUUUAAGGGGGGUUUCUUGAAAAUAAGGGCUCCUCCCCAUAAGGCGGAUUUGUUGGAGGGUUUUCCGCUCUAUUGGACACAAAACCCGAGCAAUUCGAGCCCUCGACAAUUAUCCGAUCUUUCAUCGUCUGAGAAGGAGUAUUGUCUUAUGCUAGAACAACUAAGGGCGGUCUUUGACACCAAACAGCUGCUGGAAUUAGAGUUUCAACCGACUAGCCUAAAGCGCUAUAUCGAGUCCAGGAUGGGGAUGUCGAAACAGGAUUUGGCUAAGCGCUUCAAGGCUUUGAGAAGCUCUUCCCAGGCUUCCCUAGUUCAAGCAACUCCCUUAGCUCAAGAAGGCGUGACGGUAGUGUCUGACGAGGAGGCCACUCAAUCGGGAUCAGGUCUCAAAAGGCGGCCUUCUCUGAGUAAAUCGAAAGCGUUGGUAGGUGAGACGGCGGGGGUUUCUACUCGGUCCGAACAUACAUUGUCGUCGAAAGGCCCGCUGUUGCAAGAAGGGUCGAGCAACGUCUGCUGUAGCUUUAGGGAUUCUCAGUUCAACCACAGAGCACACAGCCGAGCACAUAAUGUUUUUGAUGGGGAUCUCCACUGUCUCUUGAACCAAGAAGUUGAUACCAUUCAAGAGGACAUAGAUAGGUUCCUUCAUAAGACUGAGGUCUCGGUGGCAGCCCUAUGUGAUAAGCUGAGUCGGGUAAGUGUUUUGGAGAAGGAUUGGCUUGCGGAGUUGGCUUUGACUAAAACGCAUUUGAUAGCGGCGAAAGAGGAAGUGGCUCGACUUUCAAAGGAAGUAGAUGGGUUACAAGGGCUUAAAGUAAAGCUAAGAGCGAGGGGAGAGGAUAACCGAGCUGGAGACUGAGCUGCAGCGGGUCAAAGAUCAGUUUUCCGAGAAGGAGAAAUCUUGGCAAGCUUUGGAGGAAAAGCUGGCGAACGAAGCUGCUUCUACUUACGGAGUGGGAUUCGAAGCUGCAUUGGAGCAAGUGCGGCUAUUGUGCCCUUCAGCGGACAUCUCGGCUGCAGAUGCUAGUAAGGUCGUCCUUGACGGCCGCUUGGUGGAAGAGUAAACUUAUAGGAUAGGUUUCUCCUUGUUUUAGUGUUUUAUGAAUGUUUGUAAUGACACCUAUGUUAUUUGCCACAUUUUGCUAUACAUUCUUUAGGAAGUAAUUUAAAUGUGACGUACCUGUUCUUCGUUGAUA